GGGGCGCUCGCACAAGAUGGCGGUGGGGCGGCGGGAGAGCGCGCUCCCCUCGUAGAUGCGGCCGCGGCGGCCCCUGCUCCCGGCGCCCGGCGGGGCUUACAUGGCGCUGGAGGACCUGCUGCUUUGUCUCUGCUUCUCCGCCCUCGCCAUCCUGGCCGUGCAAGGGAGGCUGUCAGAAGGGGAUUCUCUGGAGCUGAGCUGUAGUGCUGGUCCUGCAAAGGUGAUUCUGGAGCCAAACCAGGUGGUAAUUUUGGACUGUAACCUGACCCCUGUUGAGCAAGUGAUCAAUAUCACAUGGAAGAAGAAUGGGUUUCCAUUAGUGGAGCAAGAACAUCUCCAUGUGCUUCCAAAUGGAUCGCUCUUCAUCUCAUCCCAGGCUGUGGCAAAGGACAGUAAAUAUCCUGAGAGGGAUGGUGCUGAGGGCAAUUACUCCUGUGUGUCUCACACCUCCCUAGGGACUGUCACCAGUCAAACAGCUGCAGUCAGAUUUUCAACAUUAUCACGCUUUUUCCAGCAGCCGGAGUCGCAGACAGUGGAAGAAAAUGGCAUGGCCCGGUUUGAGUGCCGGAUCGAGGGGCUGCCCUCCCCUGUCAUCACCUGGGAGAAGGACCAUGAAGCUGUUCCAGCAGAACCCAGGUUUAUAACUCUUCCCAAUGGUGUCCUCCAAAUCGUGGAUGUGCAGGAGAGUGAUGCCGGGAUUUACCACUGCGUGGCAACCAACGCCGCCCGAAAGCGCUACAGCAACGAUGCCACCCUCAGCGUGGUGAAAGGUUCCCAGGCAGCAGGAGGAGAUGUCACCAUCAUCGCUGCUCCAGAGAACACCACGGUGGUGGCUGGGGAGAGCGUGGUGAUGGAGUGCAUGGCAGCUGCUGAUCCCACCCCCUUUGUCUCCUGGAUACGACAAGAUGGAAAAUCCAUUUCCACAGAUGUGAUUGUGCUGGGCCGGACAAAUCUCCUCAUUCCUUCCAGCCAGCCCCAUCACUCCGGGGUGUACGUCUGCCGAGCCAACAAACCCCAAACCCGGCAGUUCGUCACCGCCGCAGCUGAGCUCCGCAUCCUCGCUACUCCUAGCAUCUCCCAGGCUCCUGAAACCAUCUCCCGCACCCGAGCCAGCACGGCCAGGUUUGUGUGCAAGGCAGAGGGAGAGCCAGCCCCCACCAUCCACUGGCUGAAGAACGGGGAGCCCAUCCUCUCCAACGGGCGUGUGAAGGUGCAGAGCAGCGGCAGCCUCGUCAUCAACCAGAUCGGCCUGGAAGAUGCUGGCUACUACCAGUGUGUGGCUGAGAACAGCCUGGGCAUGGCCUGUGCCACCGCCAAGCUCUCGGUGAUCGUGCGGGAGGGUUUGCCCAGCGCUCCCAAGAAGGUCUCGGCUGUGUCCCUGUCCAGCACCACCGUCCUCGUGUCCUGGGAGCGGCCGGAGCACAACAGCGAGCAGAUCAUUGGCUUCUCCUUGCACUACCAGCGGGCUGUGGGAACUGAUAAUGUGGAAUACCAGUUUGCUGUCAAUAACGACACAACUGAGCUGCAAGUCAAGGAUCUGGAACCAAACACCAACUAUGUCUUCUAUGUGGUUGCAUAUUCCCAGCUCGGAGCCAGCCGGACGUCCUCUUCCAUCGUUGUCCAGACCCUGGAGGAUGUUCCCAGUGCAGCCCCUCAGCUGUCCCUGUCGAGCAUGACUCCUGGUGACAUCCGUGUGACGUGGCUGCCUCCUCCUCCUGAGCUGAGUAAUGGCAAGAUAACCAAGUACAAGAUCGACUACUGCACCCUCAAGGAAGCAGAUCAGGUCACCUCCAUCGAAGUGGGUGGAAAUGAGACCCAGAUCACCCUGUACUCACUCCAUCCCAACAAAGUGUACAAAGUUCGGAUCGCAGCCAGCACCAGUGUGGGAUAUGGGGCCCCUUCUGAGUGGACCCAGCAUCGGACUCCUGACAGAGACAACCAGACACAUGUUCCAUUUGCUCCAACAGAAUUAAAGGUCCGAGCAAAGAUGGAGUCUCUCCUGAUAACGUGGCAGCCCCCAGCAAACCAUGCCCAGAUAUCUGGCUACAAGCUCUACUACAGAGAGGUGGGCCAAGAGGAGUCCAGUGAUGAGAGCCCUUUGGAUGGUGCUGAAGAUGAGAGCUGGGAUGUGGGACCCAUAAAACUAAAGAAGAAAGUGAAGCAGUAUGAGCUGACUCGACUAGCUCCUGGGAAACUGUACGAGGUGAAGCUGGUGGCAUUCAAUAAGCAUGAGGAUGGGUACGCAGCGGUCUGGAAGGGCAAAACAGAAAAGGCACCUGCGGCAGCAGUAGAUCCCCCUGUGCAGAAGGGGCCUCCACUGCCUCCGGUCCAAGUCUAUGCAGAGUCCAACAGCUCAACUUCCAUCUGGCUCCGCUGGAAGAAACCUGACUUCACAACAGUCAAAAUUGUCAACUACACCGUGCGCUUCAGCCCCUGGGGCCUGAAAAACGCCUCUCUUGUGACGUACUACACCAGCUCAGAUGAAGACAUUCUCAUUAGUGGGCUGAAGCCCUACACCAGGUAUGAGUUUGCUGUGCAGUCCAAUGGCGUUGGCAUCGACGGGCCCUUCGGCAGCGUGGUGGAGCGCUUCACCCUGCCCGACCGGCCCUCCACUCCUCCGUCUGACCUGCGGCUGCACCCUCUCAACCCUUACGCUGUCCAGGUGCACUGGUGCCCACCUGUGGAGCCCAAUGGCAUCAUUGUGGAGUAUCUCAUCCUGUACAAUGCCAACAACACACAGCCAGAUGACAUGUGGACCUUGCUGACACGAGAAGGAAACAUCUUCAGCACUGAAGUGCAUGGCCUGGAAAGUGAUACCAGGUACUUCUUCAAGAUGGGAGCAAAGACAGUGGUGGGAUCCGGUCCCUAUUCCAACGUGAAGGAUGUGCACACCCUUCGGGAGAAGCUGUCUGAUGUCCUGGAUAUCCACUCUGUGACAGGGAUCAUCGUGGGGGUGUGCCUGGGGCUGCUCUGCAUUCUCUUCUGCAUGUGUGCCAGCUUCCGCAACAGCAAGCACAGGGAGGCCCUGCCAGGCCUGGAUUCCCAGGCUGCUGGCAACCACACGUACUACCACCGGAGCAGGCAAGGGUUGGCCUCUCCCAGUGCCACCUUGGACUCACAUGAGCUCGAGUCCCUCAUGUCCCCACUCCCUGAGGAUGCACCCGUGCCCCUGGGGGACAUCACUGAGCUGGCAGAAGUGCACAGCCUCAUCCACACGAGCCUCCCUGAGGACAUCUUCCAUGGGAAGAGGAAGUCUUCAUGGAAUAAAUCAACCACCCAGGCCUGGACAAACAGCAUCACCAGAUAUGGGGACACCAUCACCAAAGAGCCUCUCUCUGCUGUCAAUGGGUCACUGAAGCUCCCCUCCAGUGCAGGGCAGAAGCUUCUCUUACAAGCCCUGGUUUAUGAUGCUGUGAUGAAUGAAGCAAAGAAAAGCCACCUGCCAGCCAGCCUCCACCAAGUAGAAGCAGAGGUCAUCGUCCAUUCUGAUUUUUCAGCCUCUGACAGAGACUACAACUCCCAGCUGCACACCCUGGAGAGUGAAGAGACAGAAAUUGAGCACCGGGAGCCAGAGGAGCUCCCCUCAGCAGAGCUGGCUAAUCCCAGUUCCCAGCAGGACACUGGCCAAGUGCUGGUGGACUGCAUGGACAAUUUGGAAGCUCAGGCCCAGGCUGAGCUGCUCUGUACUGACACAAAGACUGACAAACCUGAGGCUGUGUGCAUCCAUGGGCUCACCAAUGGCUUCCACAGGCAUGGAGAAAGUCUGGAUUCGGAGGAGAGUGGAGAUUCAGAUUCCACCCAGGAAGGCAGGGGUGAUGUGCAGCCAGUCAAGUGCCAGUUGCUUUCCCUGGCACCUGAGGAGGCCCUGCUCUGUAGUAACUCUGGUUUAACCAGUCCCUCCUCAGCAUCUGAGAACAUGGCACAUGCCCACAGUCACAAAGAAUGAACUGAUCUGAUUUUGAUCACAGCAGAGAGGAGAGCCCGUCCCUAUGAGGUGCUGCCUGCCCUCGGCUGGCUGAGCCCAGCAGGAGCUGGGCAGGUGCAGCAUCUCACCAGAGCAGGGCUUGGACCUGUUAGCUCUACAGAGGCCUUCGGGAAGCCAGGUGGGUUGGUGAGGGCCCAUCUUCCUCCUGCUGAAGCCGAUGAGGAACUGGGUGUUGGUGGGAGCAGGACUGAGCCAUCUGCCAAAGUGUGAGCAGAACCACGAUGGAACAGAGCCUUCUGCACUAGGCGGGGGCUGUCACUUCAGCAUGGCCCUGGCAGGACGCCCUUUGAUGCUGGGAAGUGGCAGAGUGCACCAAGGAAUCCUUCUUAGCUGCCUCUUCCCCAGGGAGUGCCCGGCACUACUGACUGCCUGGCAGUGUUGGAUGAAUUCUGGCACAGGAGUCCCAGGAGCGGGUGGAAGCCCCAGAAACAAAGGCAGUGAGCUGUAAGCACCAGCCUUUUCUGCCCUCCCGUGGUUAGAAGAAUUACCAGGCUCUCUGUGUAUGCUACCACAGUAACUACUACUAGCAGGCUGAUGUAGUGGCCUUUUAUUACACACUCUACGAGUGCCUCUAACAACUUGUACGAUAUAGAACCUUCUGCAGCGUCUGGGUCUUUUCACCAGCCUGGGCUUUGUUUUAUGUAGGUUCUUGUACCUAAUAUUUUAGGUACACAUCUGUCCUUUUAAUGUACAACAUGUAUUUUUAUUUCCUUGGAACAUCUUUAUAUUAUUUAAUUUUAUAAAGUGGAAUAGUGUGUGGUAUAGAGUAGCAUUUUUACUACUUCUCUCUUUCUUUAUUUUUUCCUCCCUAACAACACAACUACCUCAUGUCUGUUGGAGAAAAAAAAAAGCAGUGGAUCUACUCAUUUGUUAUAGUCCAUGAUAGGUUUUAACUUAUUCUUAUACUGCCUUUUUCUAAAGAAUAUGUUUGCACUGGUUGUUGACUUUUCUUUAACAUGUAGUGCUGCAGAUCUGAUGUCUCUCUUGUUUUAUUUCUUGACACCUUCCCUACAGCCAGAGAGUUGGGUUGUGUCUCUCUGUAGGACUGUGUUUUGCAGCAGCUGCCAAAGGAGACUGCUUUAGCUGGCAGGAUGUCGAUCCAUCUUUCCUCAACAAGCUUAUACUAACAAAUAGAAAGAAGAACCAGCAAUUGCAAAAGAAACUUGUGAUACUGGGGACAUGUAUUGCUUUUCUCUUUUUUUGGGUGCCCAUGUGGAGACAUCUCAGAUGGUUUUGAUUUACAGAGAGCAGCACUCAGCCUUCUGUAAGCAGUGGACUUGCUGAAAGCUUUGGAUGAACAAGUGAAAUUUUCCAGUCACUUCUGAUA